AUGGAGCAUGGGGAGAGAGACCCUUCACUAUGGGAUGCACCAGAUGAGUUUAGGCCUGAGAGAUUCUUAGGGAAGGCCAUUGAUGUGAAGGGGCAGAGUUUUGAACUGCUUCCAUUUGGCUCAGGAGGGAGGAUGUGCCCUGGUUAUAGCCUUGGACUUAAAAUGAUAAGGUCUAGCUUGGCUAACUUGUUACAAGGAUUUAACUGGAAAUUGCCUGAGAAUAUGAAAACAGAAGACUUGAGCAGUCAUGGAGCCUCGGCUCCCAACCCAUCUUUAUUAAUUAUAUGUGAAGUUGUGAUGUUGUCUCUUUCAAAACCUUAA